AUGGACUCACCAACUACUCCCAAACCGAACGUUCAACAGUUUGAACUUGAAGACCUCACGCCCCCCAAGACCUGGCACCCAAAAACAAGGAGUGCUGGUCUAGGCUGGAUGGAACGAACCGGCGUCAGAUACCUCUACAUGUACUUCGACAUCCGCGAAUACGUCCUCGAAGAAAUGACCGCAACGGCUCAAGAAAUCGACUUCCUUGUUCUCCGUCGCCUGGUUCCACGUCCUCUAACCUACCCGUCCAUGGAAGAACUGAAAACCACUCCGCCUGACGGCUUUCGGCGCAUCUCUAUUAGAUACCUCAUGACUGACAUUCCUGACAUGCAUGAGAACAACAAGGAGGAUAUUAUGCCAGCGCUUAGACGGAUCAGGAUACAUUUGAAAAGGCUGUCCAAUGUCGAGGGACCGUUUCGCCCAUUUAAACUCUGGGAUCCGGAUUUCCUCAAGCAGUUGGUGGUCUUGAAGUUGGACUUUUAUCCUGACUUUCAUCCAUCUCAGCCUGAGGCGAGUCCAGAGCGCGAAUAUGACUCUGUAAACACCUCUCAGAACACUAUUUCUCGGAUUUCUCAGACCGCAUCGUUUGAUCUUUCUGAUUGCAGUUCUUUUCAGGAGCCACCGUACGAGCCCUACUGA